UGCGUUUCAGUCCAAUUCCAGCAUUCACUCAGUAAACAUCAUUCUCGACUUAUUUCGUUAUUACCCAAAUAACAAUGAAAACGCUUCUCCUUUUAACAUCGCUUUUAAAACUCUUGCAUCAAGUCACUCCCGGUUGUAUUCUUCACACUUACAUCGAUUCCCGAUCAAGCAUUGAUUGCGACAAUUUAUUUGAUAACUUCGAAAACAUCAAGCCGUUAAAAUCCGAACUGGUUGUAACUGUAAAUAUCACUCAAAGUAAUAUAACAAAAAUUUCAUCGGGGAGUUUUGAUGAUUUUCGUCAACUCCGAAAAAUCUCUUUAUCAGGAAACUUAAUCGAAGAAAUUGAGUUUGGCGCUUUUAGCGCGGAAACGUUUCGAACUCAACUCCCCUUUUUAAGAAUUUUGGAUCUCUCCGAAAACAAUAUCGAAACACUUCCAAAAGAAAUUUUUAAUCACUCAAGCACUUUGGAGUUGAAUUUAUCUUCGAACGCUUUAAAACAAAUCGAGCACGGCGCAUUUUUGAACAUGCACGGAUUAAAAAAGCUCGAUUUAAGCUACAAUUUGAUAUCAUCAGACGAUGAAGAAAACGUGUUACCUUUGGGUAUAUUCCAAGACAUCUCAACGCUAGAAAAGCUAAAUUUAUCGCACAACUCGUUAAAAUCAAUUAAAAUCGGAACAUUCUCUUUAUUACCGUAUUUAUUUCAUUUGGAUUUGAGCCAUAAUGAGCUUACUCAUUUAACGUCGGGCGUUUUCGUUGGAACUGUUAUCCAGGAUUUAUUCAUAAACGAUAAUAAACUGGUUGUUUUUGAAUUCCCCAACGCUAGAAACGUACAUCCGACUAUAAAUCUGGCAAACAACGAUUUCGAAUGCGAUUCCUUAGCUAUGACGAUGUCCAAGAUUCACAACGCGUUUUUUACGCGCGGUGAAAUUAUUAACGAACCGAACAUCUUUGGAAUUUCUUGUCAGGAUAAUAACGAAAUCGAUGAGGACGAAGAAGAAGAAGAUAAUAAAGAUUUUUUGUACGAUUUAGCGAUGAUGAAGUAUUUAAGUAUUGGAACUUUAUGUGUUAGUUUAAUUUUAAUGUGCUAUCUUGUUUUUUGUCAAAGAAAUAAUCACGAUGAUGAAUGUAAUUAGAUUUAGUUCACAUGAUUAUAAAUUCUUUAUAAAUGAUUUGGAGUUGUUGAAAUAAAUUCAACCCUUUGGUAACGAA